AAAAACUCGCUUUUUACUUCACUUUCCCCAGUUAAAAGAUUAGGGUUGUUGUUUUUCUCAUUGUCAACUCCCGCUUUCUGUAUCUUCGCAUUCACCCGGGUAGGAUGUUUCAGAUACAGACAUGUAUCUAUGUAUCUAUUUAUGUAACAGUUGACUUUCUUCUUGACUAGGUCAGAUUAACAAGCUUCAAGAUUUGGGGUUUCGUGAUUUAUCCUUUUUUCUGGGUGUGUCAUUCAAAUUGAGCAAGUGGGAUUUGGUUUGAUUGUGAAAGGAUGCAAUCUUUAUGGGUGAUUUGAUGGUAUCCAUGGCUAUACAGCAAAUGACCAGAAUCUGUUCUAAAAUCUGUUCUAAGAGGGAUUGAUUAUAAGAAUAUGGAUUUACGAGAAGAAAGCUCAAGACUUGGAUCAACUCUAAGGAAUUUAUCAUCGUCAUCAUCGGUGUUUUUCUCAGCAAACCAAUCACCAUUCUUCUCUCCAAGAUCAUCAUCUUGGCAGCCAUCUGAUCUUUCAGGAUUAAUUCCAUGUGAUGAUGGCCCCGUUCAGGCUGCAAGUACGUCAAGCGAUCUACAAAACUUUGAGCAGACGACUUCCUCAAACGGCCUUUCCACCAGUAACCCAUUGUUAUAUGCUCCCUGCCAUGAAAGUGAAGCUUUUGAUUACAGAGAAAAACCAAAGAAAGUCACCCGAAGCCCAAUAUCCUCCUUUACGCGGCCUUCAACCUCGUACUGCCCUACAAGAUUAAAGAGCUUUGACGUGUACAUAGGAUUUCAUGGGCGGAAACCACUGUUAUUAAGGUUUGUAAACUGGCUUCGAGCUGAUUUAGAAGUACAAGGAUUGAGUUGUUUUGUUACAGAUAGAGCAAAAUGUCGAAACUCCCGAAAGCAUGGGAUUGUAGAGAAGGCCAUGGAUGCAUGCACAUUUGGGGUCAUUAUCUUAACAAGAAAAUCUUUCAGGAACCCGUUUACAAUUGAGGAGCUAAGAUUCUUUUCGAGUAAAAAGAAUCUGGUCCCUGUUUAUUUUGACGUGGGCCCGGAUGAUUGUCUCGUGAGAGAUAUAGUCGAGAAAAGAGGGGAGACGUGGGAGAGACAUGGUGGAGAGCUAUGGCUUCUUUAUGGAGGGUUAGAGAACGAAUGGAAAGAUGCGGUGAGCAGUCUAACUCGAGUCGAUGAAUGGAAACUCGAGGCUCGUGAUGGGAAAUGGCGGGAUUGUAUUCUUCGGGCUGUGACGCUCUUGGCUUUACGGUUGGGCCGGAGAAGCGUUGUCGAUAGAUUAACAAAGUGGCGUGAAAAGGUUGAAAACGAAGAGUUCCCUUACCCUCGGAACGAGAACUUCAUUGGGAGGAAAAAGGAACUUUCGGAGCUUGAAUUUAUGCUUUUUGGUGACGUUAUCGGGGACAGGGAACGAGACUAUUUCGAACUUAAAGCCAGACCGAGAAGAAAGAAUUUGAUACAUAAUUGGGGUAGGAGCAAUUCGAUAGAUGAACACAGAAGAGAGGCGAGAACCGAGCUUAGAAGUAGGAGGAGGAAAGGGAAAGAACCGGUGGUUUGGAAGGAAUCAGAGAAGGAAAUUGAGAUGCAAAGUACUGACUUUUCUCCAAAACUGAAAACCGGGAGGCGAAAACGGGCUGUGAAAGUUGUGUAUGGAAAGGGAAUUGCAUGCGUUUCCGGCGACUCGGGUAUCGGUAAAACAGAGUUACUUCUUGAAUUUGCAUAUCGGUUUCAUCAAAGGUACAAGAUGGUAUUAUGGAUCGGAGGCGAAAGCAGAUACAUUCGACAAAAUUAUUUGAAUUUAUGGUCGUUUUUAGAAGUUGACGUUGGCAUCGAGACUGGUUUGGAGAAGAGUAGAACGAAAAGCUUCGAAGAACACGAAGAAACGGCCGUAGCCAGAAUCCGGAAGGAGCUCAUGAGAAAUAUUCCCUUCUUGGUUGUAAUCGACAACUUAGAAUCCGAAAAAGAUUGGUGGGAUCACAAACAUGUUAUCGAUCUUCUUCCUCGUUUUGGCGGAGAAACACACGUCCUUAUAUCGACAUGCCUCCCGCGGUUGAUGAAUAUGGAACCGUUACGACUUUCGUUCUUAUCCGGAGUCGAGGCAAUGUCUUUAAUGCAAGGAAACGUGAACGAUCGUCCGGUUUCAGUUUCAGUGUCGGAAAUCGAUGCUUUACGUACUAUCGAAGAAAAACUCGGGAGGCUGACUUUAGGUUUAGCCAUUGUUGGAGCCGUUCUUUCCGAGCUUCCGAUCACCCCGAGUCGGCUUCUGGACACGAUCAAUCGAAUGCCUUCGAGUGGACGAGAGAGUCAUUCUUUACGGCGAAAUAUGUUUCUUUUGCAGCUCAUCGAGGUUUGUUUCUCGAUAUUUGACCAUGCAGAUGGUCCAAGAAGCUUGGCAACUCGAAUGGUCCUUGCAAGCGGCUGGUUCGCACCAGGGCCAACCCCGGUUCCAUUACUGGCUCUAGCCGCCAAACGAAUCCCAGAAAAACAUCAUCGGACUCGGUUAUGGAGGAAGAUUUUGCGGUCGUUAACGUGUGGCUGUUCGUCGCUAUACGACAAGAAAUCAGAAACCGAAGCCAGUUCGAUCCUGCUACGGUUCAACCUUGCUAGAAGCUGUAUGAAAGAGGGCUGCAUCCAGUUUAACCACCUAACCAAACUGUAUGCACGAAAAAGAGGCGUUGCUGGAACCGCACAUGCCGUGGUUCGAGCCAUUGUCACCCGAGGUACGAUCAUUCAUAACUCCGACCACAUCUGGGCAGCGUGUUUCUUGCUAUUGGGAUUCAGUAAAGAUCCGGUAUUAAUUGAAACGAAAGCAUCAGAAUUGCCGUUUCUUGUGAAAGAAGUAAUCUUACCGCUAGCGAUACGAACCUUCAUUCGAUUUUCCCGAUGUUCCGCUGCUUUAGAACUCUUGCGGUUGUGCACCAACGCACUCGAGGCAGCCGAUGAAGCACUCGUGACACCGGUCGAAAAAUGGCUCGAUAAAUCACUUUGCUGGAAACCGAUUCCUACAGAUGCCCAACUAAACCCGAGUUUAUGGCAAGAUUUAGCACUUUCUCGAGCAACCGUUCUUGAAAUCCGAGCGAAGUUGAUGCUAAGAGGGGGACAAUUCGAUAUCGGGGAUGAUUUGGUCCGGAAAGCGAUCUUCAUUAGAAGUUCGAUAUGCGGCGAGGAUCAUCCCGACACCGUAUCUGCUCGCGAAACGCUUACCAAACUUACAAGACUUCUAGCCAAUGUCCAAAUGCAUACUUCACCAUAGAUUUAUUAUACACAAGUUUACAAUAAAACUUCGUUUUUUUUUUCUUUUACCGAAUUUAGAGAAAUUUGAUACCAUUUUUGAGUAUUCGAGCCGUGUUUAUAGCUCGGUUAGCUUGCGUUUGUAUUCGACAGAUGGGCUUCGAGAAGAAAGGGAAGUGAAUGCAGAUACUGCAAGACUUUUGACGUUUCUAAUUUUGGAAACUUGGUGUCUGAAUCGACCAUUUUUGA